GUGAAAAAUCUCACUAAUGGGUUUAUUUGCUGUCAGAUCUACGCCGAUUUGUCAUUCCCUGGGACCAUUUCACUUGACACAUUUCAUAGUUGAGUAAGCCGCUUGGCUUUCUGGCUAGAGCUAGCUGUGCUCCAGCUCCAGCAACACUCUGCUGCCAGGCUCAAAGCUCAUCAGGAAGAGAGCAGCAGGCAGCCAAACCAGGAGUUCUUCAGCCCUCAUAGUUGUUGCAGUCUUCCAGUUUGUAGUCCAAUCAUCCUGUUUGGGGUCCUUGCAUUUUUGUAAUAACUUUAUUCUUUCCGAUCGUUGGACAGUUUGGACAGAACAUUGGGCCAGUUGUCCAAAGAGGCUUCCUCACACGCUUUCAGGGAUCUUUGGGUUGAUUCAGUUUGUGUUUAAGAUGUGGUGUGGGCCACUGGCCAUGCUGGCUGCGGUGUUCUGGACCCAGUGUGUCCUGCUGGAAGGGGUGGACGCCAAGAAGGAGAGGAAGAGGCCGAAGGAGACCCCCCCACAGCACACAGAGGCGUACAACGCUACCCUCUCCAACAGCGAAGAGGUUGGCGAGAGCACCAAGAUUCCUGACAACCAGAGAGUGGAUCCCCUGGGAUCAUGGAUGGACUUUGUGAAACGACCCGUAGACAACUUCCCUGGGAAGUGCCGCAAACGCAAAAGGCCACUGCCAGGGCCACCAGGUCCUCCUGGUCCUCCAGGCCCCCAGGGGCCUCCUGGAUCCCCCGGGGCAGAGGUCACCCAGGAGGUCCUCCUCCAGGAGUUCAAAGAGAUGAUAAAAGAAGCUACAGAGAGGAGAGCUGCUGCAGUGGACAGGCAGACCAGUACCAGUCCUAGUCAGAUACCCAUGGCCCUCAUGGCCCUGGAAGGAAUGACCUCUUACAGGAGGAUAGAGGAAGCCUUCCACUGUAAACUCAUAGGACCUGUGGUUGUCGACAAGAAGACACUGAUGGAGCUCCAGAACUUUCAGACGCCUCCUGCUAAAGGUGCCUUCCUCAGAGGGACAGGAAUGGACCAAUCCACAGGACGAUUCACGGCUCCCGUCACAGGGAUCUACCAGCUCUCUGCUAAUGUUCAUAUCGACCACAACGAGGUGAAGAGGAGUAAGAGUCAGCUGAGAGCCAGGGACAAUGUGCGAGUGCUGAUCUGCAUCGAAUCCCUGUGCCAUCGAUAUACGUCGUUAGAGAUGAUUGUUGGAUUGGAAAGUAACAGCAAGAUCUUCACAGUGUAUGUGCAAGGGUUGCUGGAGCUACAGGUUGGACAGUACACCUCUAUAUUUGUGGACAAUGGUGCUGGGGCAUCCAUCACAAUACAGAAUGGCUCUGACUUCAUGGGCAUGUUGCUGGGUGUAUAGCCUCAAGUCCUGCCCUUGGGGCUGGGGGUAUUCCUUCCCUCUUCCCAUUGGACACCAGGGCCCUGGCCACGCAAGGCAUCUGUCUUACCUGUAUCUGACUGGACUACUAACAGAUGCUAUCUGCCAAUCCCCAUCCAUGGAGGUGAAAGCAAAAGGCAUGAGCAGCAUUUGCAGCCAUUGAACUUCUCUACUUGGCGUAUCCUGGAAGAACCGUUUUGAAAGCUUAAGGACUGUGUCUCACCACAGACACCAUGAAAGCAAGCACUCAUAUGGGCCAAGAAAGACACUUGUGCAUACCAACAGACAAUCCUAAUAGACAAGACUUCACAUCUUCAAAUCACUCAAUGAACAUUUUGAAUUUGAGAAAGAAAAAAUGUAUCACAGAUGUAUUUUCAAUACAGUAAUAGCCUGAUAGGAAAAAUGCUAUAAUGAAUAUCAUUCAUGAAAUGUAAAGGUUUUUAUCAUCUGAUGUCAAUCUCUUUAUUGGAAUGGCAGUAGCUAAGAAAGUACCUAGACUCUGUGAGUGUGUAUAAACACUGGAUGAUGCAAAGAUGCUCAGUAUGCAUUGUAUGGGCGCCCCAACUUCUCAGCUAGGGUUGCAAAAUUCAGAAACAUUUAGGAAAAUCCAACAAGGGAAUUUUGGGAAAGUUACCGGAAUUUUGCAACCCUAUUCUCAGCAAAGUGACCUCUACUGUAUGUUCAAUCUAGGGGGACUGUGUGUGUCUCAUGUGGAGUCUACAGCCCACUGAACAAAAUAGAAGAAACAUUGGCCUCUGUAUGGAACCAUUUUGUGGGAUUCAAACCCAAACUAAGGAAUGUGGUUAGAGCAUUGAAAUGAAAUGCAAGUUUGUUGGCCAUUCUGUUUUAUACCGAGUGCCUUCAGAAAGUAUUUAUACCCUUUGACUUAUUCCACAUUUUGUUGUGUUACAGCCUGAAUUCAAGACG